CAAAGAAGAAGAAGAAGAAGAACCUAAGGCGAUAGCUCUUCCUGUAGUAGCAACAUGGCUAGCUGCUCUUCCCUGAAAGUAUUCACACUUUUCAGCCUGUUUAUUGUUCCUGGCGCGGUGGAAAGUAAUAAUAUUGAGGCUAAAGCUGGUCAAUUCUUCAGCAGUGGACACACAAACAACUGGGCAGUUUUGGUGUGCACAUCCAGAUUCUGGUUCAACUAUCGUCAUGUGGCCAACACACUAUCUGUGUACCGUAGUGUCAAGAGACUGGGCAUCCCAGACAGUCACAUAGUUUUGAUGCUGGCAGACGACAUGGCGUGUAACCAUAGAAACCCGAAGCCGGCCACGGUGUUCAGUCACAAGAACAUGGAGCUCAACGUGUAUGGAGAUGACGUAGAGGUGGAUUACCGUGGUUACGAGGUGACCGUUGAGAACUUCCUUCGUGUGCUGACGGGAAGGCUGCCACCCAGCACGCCGCGGUCUAAACGCCUCCUCUCUGACGACCACAGCAACAUCCUCAUCUACCUCACUGGUCACGGUGGGAACGGCUUCCUGAAGUUCCAGGACUCUGAAGAGAUCAGCAACGUGGAGCUGGCCGAUGCCUUUGAACAGAUGUGGACUAAGAGAAGGUACAAUGAGCUGCUGUUCAUCAUUGAUACGUGUCAGGGAGCCUCCAUGUAUGAGAGAUUUUACUCUCCUAACCUCAUGGCCCUGGCCUCCAGUCAAGUAGGAGAGGACUCCCUGUCGCACCAGCCAGACCUGGCUAUCGGGGUCCAUCUAAUGGACAGGUAUACAUUCUACCUGUUGGAGUUUCUGGAGGAUAUUCACCCUGCUAGCACCGCUAACAUGAAUGAUCUGUUUAAGGUGUGUCCUAAGAGUCAGUGUGUGUCCACUCCGGGCCACCGUACAGACCUUUUCCUCCGGGACCCCGGAAACGUCCUCAUCACCGACUUCUUUGGCAGUGUCCGUAAAGUAGAGAUCACCAUGGAAACCAUCAACCUGACAGCUCCCAUGGUGCAUCUGGCUGUGGAAAGACCAGUAGGUGAGCUGAAGACAGAGAGCCAGUCAUAUGUGGACCAACUACCAGUGGCUGAGAUUAUACACCAGAAACCAAAGCAGAGGGACUGGCACCCUCCAGAUGGUUUCAUCCUGGGUUUGUGGACUCUCAUCCUCCUGGUCUUCUUCAAGACGUACGGCGCCAAGCACCUUAAGCACAUCUUCUAACCCCUGACCUUUUGAAACCCAACCUCUGACCCAUUUCUGCUCCUUGUGCAGUUUGCACCAGUUCCCUUGGCUUCCUAGAUUUGAAAGAGGACUGGUAUAGGACUCAUGGUGAAUACUCUAAAGCGCAGGCUUUCAUCCAUCCGAUUAUUUUAAAUGCACGGGGAAUCGUGCACGACUGCACACUUCAGGAUAAAGGACAGGCAAUUGGGACGCGGUGUUGGCGAGGUCCCAAUCUUCUGGAUUACUAGAAGACUACAAAGACGUUAUUAACAGGGAAUGAAUGAUGCAGUCUUUUAGUGGUAAUUGCCUUUCUAAGUCAUUCUAUUUCUAUGGUUAUUAACAUUAUUGAACGGGGCGAUCUGUGAUUGGUACAUCCAUUUUGUUAUUGUUUGAAGAGCAGAUGGUUUAUGUUUAAACUCUGAACUGUGUUGGAGAGAAUGUGGUGACAACACUGACCUGCACAAAGACACAUUGUUGUGCCUUUCUGGACAUGAACAGUACUCUGACUACUGAUUACUGCUGGUGUUAAUUAUCCUGGACAUGAACAGUACUCUGACUACUGACUACUGCUGGUGUUAAUUAUCCUGGACAUGAACAGUACUCUGACUACUGACUACUGCUGGUGUUAAUUAUCCUGGACAUGAACAGUACUCUGACUACUGCUGGUGUUAAUUAUCCUGGACAUGAACAGUACUCUGACUACUGCUGGUGUUAAUUAUCCUGGACAUGAACAGUACUCUGACUACUGACUACUGCUGGUGUUAAUUAUCCUGGACAUGAACAGUACUCUGACUACUGCUGGUGUUAAUUAUCCUGGACAUGAACAGUACUCUGACUACUGCUGGUGUUAAUUAUCCUGGACAUGAACAGUACUCUGACUACUGCUGGUGUUAAUUAUCCUGGACAUGAACAGUACUCUGACUACUGCUGGUGUUAAUUAUCCUGGACAUGAACAGUACUCUGACUACUGCUGGUGUUAAUUAUCCUGGACAUGAACAGUACUCUGACUACUGCUGGUGUUAAUUAUCCUGGACAUGAACAGUACUCUGACUACUGACUACUGCUGGUGUUAAUUAUCCUGGACAUGAACAGUACUCUGACUACUGACUACUGCUGGUGUUAAUUAUCCUGGACAUGAACAGUACUCUGACUACUGACUACUGCUGGUGUUAAUUAUCCUGGACAUGAACAGUACUCUGACUACUGCUGGUGUUAAUUAUCCUGGACAUGAACAGUACUCUGACUACUGACUACUGCUGGUGUUAAUUAUCCUGGACAUGAACAGUACUCUGACUACUGCUGGUGUUAAUUAUCCUGGACAUGAACAGUACUCUGACUACUGCUGGUGUUUAUUAUCCUGGACAUGAACAGUACUCUGACUACUGCUGGUGUUUAUUAUCCUGGACAUGAACAGUACUCUGACUACUGCUGGUGUUAAUUAUCCUGGACAUGAACAGUACUCUGACUACUGCUGGUGUUAAUUAUCCUGGACAUGAACAGUACUCUGACUACUGCUGGUGUUAAUUAUCCUGGACAUGAACAGUACUCUGACUACUGACUACUGCUGGUGUUUAUUAUCCUGGACAUGAACAGUACUCUGACUACUGACUACUGCUGGUGUUAAUUAUCCUGGACAUGAACAGUACUCUGACUACUGACUACUGCUGGUGUUAAUUAUCCUGGACAUGAACAGUACUCUGACUACUGACUACUGCUGGUGUUAAUUAUCCUGGACAUGAACAGUACUCUGACUACUGACUACUGCUGGUGUUUAUUCUGUAUUUAUUGUAUGGAAUCUGGUGAAUAAGGGUUUAGAGUUAAAA